UUGUACAGUUCUUUCAACAAACCGCACCUGCUUCAAAAAGUGACACGCCCCUUCGCCGUCUGUGAUCUCGGGAUUAAAACCCGACCGGUACUCGUACAGUGCGCACAAGACAGCGACUCCCUUGUCUACGAGCGCCAAUCUCCACAAUGAGCGAGAAAGUCAAGGUCGGCAUCAUCGGGGGCAGCGGUUUGGACGACCCAGACAUCCUGGAGCAUCGGAAAGAGCACAAGGUGACCACGCCGUUUGGAGAGCCCUCCGAUGUGCUCGUCUCGGGACAAAUCGGCCAUGUGGACUGCGUGCUUUUGGCAAGACACGGGCGCAACCACGGCAUCAUGCCCACCAACGUCAACUACCGGGCAAACAUAUGGGCGCUGCGGGAGAUGGGCUGCACCCAUGUCCUCGCCACCACAGCCUGUGGCUCGCUGCACGAGGACUUCGCACCGGGUCACGUGGUCUUCCCGGACCAGUUUAUUGACAGGACGACGAAGAGAGAAAGCACCUUUCACGACGGCAAGCCGGGAUCUCCGAAGGGCGUCUGCCACCUUUCCAUGGCUUCCCCGUUCCAUCCCGAGCUUCGAAAGUUGUUGAUCCAGGUGGCACGAGAACUGCACCUGGUGCACCACGAGAAGGGGACGGUGGUGACCAUCGAGGGGCCCCGGUUCUCCAGCGCGGCCGAGAGCAUCAUGUUCAGGUCCUGGGGCUGCCACGUCAUCAACAUGACCACCGUACCGGAGGUGGUGCUCGCGAAGGAGGCCGGCCUGCUGUACGCUGCCAUUGCCCUGCCGACAGACUACGACAGUUGGCGGACCGACUUGGCACACGUGGGUUCCGCCUCGACCUCCGCAGUCGUCUCCGCACAUUGCCGCUUGCGCGCCCUUUUUCAGGUGGACGUGAAGCAGGUGCUCGAGACGAUGAAGGAGAACAGCGAGCGAGCGCUGCGCAUUCUGCGGGCGGCCAUCCCGAGGAUCGCGGCCGAAGACUGGACGGCGGCCAUCCACGCCGCCCAGGAAACUGCCAAAGAGUCUGUGAUGGAGUGAGCAAGCCUGGUCCGGACAACGCACAAGUUGGAGCCCACCUAUUUAUUGCGGGCGGUUUCCACGAUCAGACGAGCUAUCCUGUACAACUUGAAAUAAAACAUCUGGAAUGUCUCCGCACAGACAA